ACACCGAGGGAGCUCAAGGACAGUGACGACGUCUGUGUGUUCCAGGCUGCGUGUGCCCUGCGUGUUCGUCGAGCCGAGUUUUCGAGCAAGGUUCUCACACUCUCCUCUACCUCAGUAUCUUUGCUGACGGAUAUACUGUACCCACUAGUUGCACGAGAUGCGAUCGUGUCGCUCCAACCUCUCGCCACCGCAUAGCGUCUCGUACCUGUCAUCGUUAUAUUGCCUCGGAUGUCACUACUCGAGUUGUCUGAUGCAUCUCCUGGAUACUGGCAUACAUGCGUCGGAGGUGUUCCUCGCGAUCCACAAGGAUUUGGGGAAAGCGGAUUAUAGUCAAUUGCAUCAAACACAUCUCCAUGCCAAGACACAAUUCGGCAAUGUCAAGCCUGCCCUGACGGGUGUGGAGAAGACCGGUGUAUUCGCACCACAAGCAGCGAGGCUUGGUGCGAGACUCGUCCUGGCAGCCCAGAGAUUCCGGCACUGCAGAGCUGUGAACAGCGUGUUUACGAGCCCCGGAUUCUAUGAUUACGAGGUGUCACCCAGAGAACCUGUUGAUGCUCCGGCACCUGAUUGCAACGCUCCGGAGAACACAAAGCAUGAAAAUGCUAUGGACAUCAGUCGUUCGCAAACUCCAGCUUUGGGGUCUCCGCGUGCGCAGUCGCCCGAAAUUCCGUUGCGACACUCGCUCGCUCAAAUAGAAGAGUCGUCGCCCGCGGACGGCGUCAUGUCGCAGGAGCAUUUCGCCCAAACGCAUAUCGACGAUGCUCGAUUCGACACGCUUACGGCGGCGCGCAGCGUAACUGAACCUCCCCAGCGACAUAAUCGAGCUUAUAUUCUUCUAUCCGGUCCAGCAUCUGGUUCAAGCAAGAGAAAGAGGGACGCAGCUGCCACGAGCGAGCAGACAUCGAGGCGGAAACGGGUGAAGGCAUCCAAGCCUCAGGAAGAGGACUUCGUUGACGACGACUACGGGGGAGCCCUUGUCAACGUCAUGCAGAGUGCAUACAAUCAGGCACAAGACUCACAACGACCAGGACCGAACAAGUUUAAACGGGUCGCACGACGAGUCGAUUCCCCUGAUCCUGAACCAGAGGAUCCGAUCCCCCGAGGUAGACGUGACGAUCCACAAGGAUCUCGACUUCCGUCAGCACGUCCUCGGCAACGCUCUGGUAGAGAUCUUGUCGACCCGGAUCGCGAGACGAUGAGGUCAGCCUCUAAGAAGGCAAAACCCAAGUCUCGACGACCCGAGCCAUGUCCCGAACCAACAACCGGCACAGCAUCACAACAGCUGACCAGUGCGAGGGACAACCCUAUUGCGCAAUCGUCUAAAGCAAGUACUACCGGGAACCGUGCACUUAUUCGCGCACCCCGGGGCAAACCACCUGGGAUGCCUGCCUCUGACUGCGACGCUCUUCCACAGACAACCCACACUCAUCGGUCUACUCCUAGGACACACGCUGGUCGCGGUCGUGAUCAGACCCAUCUCGAUAGUACCGAGCCUCUGUCGGAACUACGGGCCCAGUUGCGGCAGUCCGAGGCCAAGCGAAUCAGACUGGAAGAAGACAAGAGUCGCAUAGAGGACAAGUUGGCGGAAUCCGUACACGACCUCACAACCUCCCGUUCAGACUACGACAAGCUGCACUCAGAAUGCGACAAGUUUCGCUCAGAACGCGACAAGUUUCGCUCAGAACGCGAUAAGUUUCGCUUAGAACGUGACAAGUACCGCUUAGAAUGCGACAAGCUUCGUUCAGAAUGCGACAAGCUCCGUUCAGAACGCGACAUGGACAACCACAGAUACUCGGACCAUAGAAAGGAGGUCGGGCACUACAAAGCUAUGUCUGAACUGGUGGAGGGAAAGCUCCAUAACGCACAGGAGGCCUUGAAAUCGAAGGACCGGCAAAUCGAGGACCAGAGAAGGGAUGUCGAGGGAUAUAAGGAGGGAUUGCAGUACUUGGCAAAUGAGUUCGAAACGUACUUGCGGUCUCACGGCGCACUGCAACAUCCCUCCGGUGUUCCCGACCACAUGCAACCCAUGUAUCACCAGCUUCGACAAUUCACGGACCUCAUCGGCGGGCUCAUAACGAAGGCCACCCAACGACUACCCAUUGGGAGUUUCAGCGAAGCUCAGCCAUUGUUCCUGGUCGGAAACCAACACGGGGUGAAUACGUCAAGCCCAGGCAUAGUCAUCCAGUCUCAACGAGUAUGUUGGGCGCGAUGACCAAUGGGGCGGUGGACAGCCAGAGGAUUCCAAUCAGCCACCCGCUGGCAUGCGCCAAGGAUGGUAUGGCGGUCCCAACGGACAAGGAGGCCGCGGACGCAGGCUUCCGAAUCGCGGCCAGCCGUACUUCCGUGGCAGAGGCAACUACCUAAACGCAUCCCCAAAUCGCCCUCAUCCGCGACAGCCGUACCCCGCCUCAGGCGAUCACACUCGGAAAUGGGUUACGAAUGCGAACUCACAGGCUCCCGAGUACGAGGG